AGCACCAGCAGGAUAGCUGUUCUGCCUCUUGGAUGAUCUCCAGACCUCAGAUCAUCUCGUAUCUCUUCAGCAGCAGCAGCAGGUCCUCCUCCUCCAUCACAGAAACAUGUUCCACAGACACAGCUGACCGGGGUUUACCACAGAACUGCUGUGAUGGAGCUCAGUCUGAGGCAGUUCUCCACUCUCUGCUGGCUUUUCUUCAUGAUGCUCUCUCAGGAAUCUGCCUUCGCCUUGGGGAAGAGCCAGGAUCUGACCUUCCUGCUCCCCGUGGGCAGCACCCAGUGCUUCUUCCAGACCACCGUUGAGAACAGCAGCAUGGCAGUGGAGUACCAGGUUCUAGCAGGUUCUGGGCUGGACGUGGGCUUCACACUGAUCUCUCCUCAUGGACACAGGCUGGUCUCUGUGUUCAGGAAGUCGGAGGGUUUGCACCUGGUGGACCCCACAGCAGAAGGUGACUACAGGAUCUGCUUUGAUAACAGUUUUAGCAGACUAGCGGAGAAGAUAGUCUUCAUGGAAGUGGUUUUAGGCUCACAGGAAGUGGAUGACAAGACCUGGACGAAUUUAAAGGAGCCUGAGAUCAUGCUAGGGUACAAUCUGGAUUACAUCAAGGAAGUUAUUAAAGCUGUUGACAGGAAUCUGGAGCGCAGUGCUCAGACGCAGGCGUUUUUACGGGCGUUUGAAGCUCGGGAUCGGUACCUGCUGGAGGAUAACUUGUGGCGCGUGUCCUUCUGGUCCAGCAUCAACCUGCUGCUCAUGCUCACUGUGGCCCUCGCACAGGUUUACACAGUACGCAGGUUCUUCCAGAGCAGCUGAGUCUGCAUGCUGCAUGCUGUGCUUCAGAUGAAACCUAGCCUUGGUGUAAUCUGCAUUAAAAACCUGUAAUUAACAUCAUAUUUAACUCAGAUACUGAUCUCAGACUAGCAUUAACCUUAACCUUAACACUAGCUGGUCUUCACCUAGGCCCAGUCACAUUUCUCUUUUGUACUUCAAGAACCCAAUACAGAUAUUUAGCAGUUUUCCCACUCCUCCAUGCAGAAUUCUUUCAGCUAUGUGAUGUUUUAGCUUUUAGUUUUGGACAAAUGUUUUCAUUCAUAGUGUUAAAAAAUAAAAUAAAAAAAUCUGACUACAAUAAGUUACUUUUUUUUUAAUAAAAGUUUUUUUUUACAUCUAAACUAAUAAUUAAUAAUAAUUAAGAAUCAAUACUGUGUUUUUGAAAAUCGAUAAAAAAUUGUAAAACAAAACAAAUUACUAUACUAUUGAUAUUUGCUUAUACCACAAUACCACUUUCUUUUUUUUUACAUAAAUUUAAUCUCAUUGUAUCUCAUAAGUACAGGAGAAAUUAAUUGA